AUGAAAUUCUCAGAAAAACAUAGAAAGCUUUUGAACGCUUUUAUCCGACAAAACCCGGGAUUACUUGAGAAAUCUUUUUCAGUGAUAUUGCGGGUCCCACGUUUUAUUGAUUUUGACAACAAGCGGGCACAUUUCAGAUCAAAAAUCAAGCAACAAAACGAUCAUCAGCAUCAUCAUCAUAGCUCUUUGAGAAUCUCUGUUAGAAGAGCAUACAUUCUAGAAGAUUCAUAUAAUCAGUUGCGAAUGAGGUUAACUCAAGAUCUAAAGGGAAGGUUGACUGUUCAUUUUGAAGGGGAAGAAGGUAUUGAUGCAGGUGGGCUUACCAGGGAAUGGUAUCAGUUGUUAUCGAGGGUUAUUUUUGACAAGGGAGCUUUGCUUUUUACAACCGUUGGUAAUGAGUCAACGUUUCAGCCAAAUCCAAAUUCUGUUUAUCAGACAGAACAUCUCUCAUACUUCAAAUUCAUUGGAAGAGUUGUUGGGAAAGCAGUUUUUGAUGGGCAGUUGCUUGAUGUUCAUUUCACAAGAUCUUUCUAUAAGCAUAUGCUUGGAGUAAAAGUAACCUACCAUGACAUUGAAGCUAUCGAUCCAGAUGAAGAGAAGCUCAUCUUAUGUGAAAAAACAGAAGUAACGGACUAUGAACUGAUCCCUGGUGGAAGAAACAUUCGAGUUACAGACGAAAACAAACAUGAAUAUGUUGACUUAAUCGCUGAGCAUCGGUUGACCACUGCUAUUCGUCCCCAAAUAAAUGCAUUUUUGGAGGUGGAUGAUAUGAGAGGGAAUACAGAGUAUUCUGGAUACAGUGUUGCAUCUCCUGUUAUUCAGUGGUUUUGGGAAGUUGCUCAAGCUUUAAGCAAAGAAGACAAGGCUCGUUUAUUGCAGUUUGUCACUGGCACUUCAAAGGUGCCUUUAGAAGGGUUUAGUGGUUUGCAAGGUAUUUCUGGAUCCCAAAAAUUUCAAAUUCACAAGGCUUAUGGAAGCACUGACCGUUUGCCUUCUGCUCAUACAUGUUUCAACCAGUUGGAUCUACCGGAAUAUCCGUCAAAGCAGCAUCUGGAAGAGAGACUGUUGCUAGCAAUCCAUGAAGCCAAUGAAGGAUUUGGUUUUGGUUAAGAUUUAUUAUUAUAAUAACUUAAAUCAUAUCAAAACUCAUGACUCAGUAAUGAAUGUAUAUGUAUAUAACUCUACAAAGAUCAAUUGGACAAUAUAUAUAGAUAUAGUUAUAUACUGUACAGUUUGAGUUAUAAUUAAAUGCCAACUUUUUUCUUUCAUAUCCAUUUCUUGUUUUGGUUAAACCAAAAAAAUUCCAAAUUAUAACGUUUUUAUACAACUCAAAAUUUUUAGUGUUUUUCUUUUUAGGAUAAAUAUCAC